GCAAUGGAGAACUGCACAGAAGUCACUCAGUUCACCCUGCUAGGAUUGACCAGAGCUCCAGAGCUGCAGAUCCCCUGCUUCACAAUGUUCACUCUCCUUUACCUCACUGGUGUGCUUGGAAACCUGGGAGUAAUUACGCUAAUUCUGUCGGACUCUCGUCUCCACACUCCCAUGUAUUUUUUACUCAGCAACCUAUCUCUUGUGGACAUUUGUUACUCCUCAACUAUCACUCCCUCUCUGUUGGCUGGCUUUCUUACAAGGAACAAUGUCAUCUCCUACAAUGCGUGUGCUGCUCAGAUGUUCUUUUUUGCAAUAUUUGCCACUUCUGAAAAUUUCCUCUUGGCUUCAAUGGCCUAUGACCGCUAUGCAGCAGUGUGUAAACCCCUACAUUAUACGACCACCAUGACGACAGGUGUGUGUGCAUCUCUGGCCAUAGGGUCCUACCUUGAUGGUUUACUGAAUGCCAUCAUCCACAUUGGGAACACAUUCAGUCUCUUGUUCUGUAAGUCCAAUGUGAUCCAUCACUUCUUUUGUGACAUCCCAGCACUCAUGGUUCUCUCUUCUUCUGAUAGACAUGUUAGGGACAUGGUUCUCAUUUUUUUAGCAAGCUUUAAUAUCUUUGUUGCACUUCUGGUUAUCAUCAUAUCUUACCUGUUCAUAUUUAUGACAAUCCUAAAGAUGCACUCAGCUGAGGGAUACUGGAAGGCUUUAUCUACUUGUGGUUCUCACUUCAUUGCUGUCUCCAUCUUCUACGGGACAGUCAUCUUCAUGUACCUACAGCCCAGCUCCAGCCACUCCAUGGACACGGCCAAAAUGACAUCUGUGUUCUAUACAAUGGUCAUCCCCAUGCUCAACCCUCUGAUCUAUAGCCUGAGGAACAAGGAUGUCAAGAAUGCUUUGAAGAAGGUGGUUGAGAAGACCAAAUUCUGUGUAUGCUUACUUUUUUAA